AUGACGAGAGGAUAUUCAUUAGAACAAGAUUUAAGAUUAUUAAUAAAUAAUCCAAAAUAUAGUGAUAUAGAAAUCUUAUGCGAAGAUGAAAAAAAAUUAUACGGUUGUAGAGCAAUUUUAGCAGCAAGAUCCGAAGUAUUCGAUAGAUUACUUUAUAAUGGAAUGAAGGAAACUUAUGAAAACCAAAUUUCUUUUCCAAAGAUUAAAUCCACUGGAAUGGAAAUUAUACUAGAAUAUACUUAUACAGGAUCAGUUAAAGAAGAAUCUUUAACAAAAGAUAAUACCGUUGAAGCUUUUUACGCUGCUGAUUAUUUUCAAUUGUCCGACCUUCAGGAUUUUAUUACAAAAACGGUUAAGAAUACUAAUUUAUCAAAAAAAUAUUCACCGGAACUACUAACAAAAGUUUCAGAAAAAAUGCCAUCAACAGAAGAUAACAUUUUGCUUAAUUUAUUGGUUGAAGCGGUAGCAAUUAUACCAUUAAAUAAUAUUGAAUUUGGUCGAUUAUCUAUUGCCGGUCUUAAAUAUCUUUUAUCUAUUACUCAUGAAAAAAAAAUAUCCUUUGCAACCAGGGAGUAUGAAGUUUUUCGAUAUAGUGCAAUUCUAGCAGCAAAACAAGUCUCAAAUGAUGCAUAUGAAUCCCUUAUGCAACGGUUGCCGACUUUAGAUCAAAUAGAGAAUACAAUUAUUAAAGCUGAGAAUAAAUUUAUUACGGAUCGUCAAAAAGUUGCUAAAGAAAUGGAACCUUUAGCUAAAUAUAUUGAUUUUAAGCUAAUCAAAGGUCAGGUAUUAGUUAAUUUCAUUGAGCCAUUAGAAAUUAUCCCGGUUGAAAUGAUUUUAGGCGUUUAUCGAAAUAUAGCGUUAUUAAAUAGUAUGAAUUUUAAUGAUAUUCGUGGGAUAGACUAUAUUUGGGAUGAAACAGCAUGUGGAUCACAACUUAUUAUUGAGGAUAACGGAAAAAUUGUACGUCCUACAGAUCAUCUUAUUGUAUAUCAAAGUGUUAGAUCUAAAAUGUUAUUAGAAAAUAAGGGUAUUUUUGAAUGGGAUGUUAUUAUUGAGAAAGGUUGUAAUUAUGCUUUUGUUGGAGUAUGUGCAUCAGAGAAUUUUAAUUAUGAAUCUUGUGCAAGAGAUCAGUCAACUGGAUGGGUAUUAGGUUCUAGUGAAUGGAAUAAUUUACCGUCAAAACUUUAUCCAGUAGUAUCAAUAUGUCAUCUUGGUCGCUUUCGAAUUCAACCUCAUCAAAAAAAUUAUGUUUAG